UGGCGGCGUUUUCUUCUUAUAUAUUUUGAAAGAAUUGAGUAAAUUUGUCGUUUUUCCUUAAAUAAUUUUGUGGUUUAUGGCGAAAAUUUGAGUGGAGGCAAAGAUUACACAAUGAGUGGAAGGAUAAAGCAAAGAACUAAAGGAAAUACGAAGCCUUCAAGCAGUGGUCGUGCUGCAGAGCUGUUAUCUCGUGAUGGUUUUAUGGGGUUUGUGGGAUUUGGUGAUGCUGGGUCAUCACCAGAUGGGAGUUCGUUACAAUUUGUACCUGCGACUACAGACAAUCCUGAAGCCUCAGUUCAUUCAGACUUCCUUGUUGUAAUGAAGAAAUUAAGCAAACGAGAUGCAGUCACUAAACUCAAGGCUGUUCAAGAAUUUGGAGAGUUGUGUAAGACAGGUGACAUGAAUGCAGUGUUAGGUGUGUUGAAGUAUUGGCCACGAUUGUAUAACAAGCUUGCUUUGGAUAUAGAUUAUCGUGUUAGAGAAGCCACACAACAUGCAAUGAAUCAAAUGACAACGAGAGUUGGCAGAAACUUUGCACCACAUUUGAAAAGUGUCAUGGGUGUAUGGUUGUGUUCGCAGUGCGAUACUUAUCUACCUGUUGCAACAGCUGCACAGAAUGCAUUCAAUGCUUCCUUCACAGACAGCAAGCAGGCUGAAGUACUGGGAUUUUGCAAGAAAGAAAUCAAUGAGUAUUUGGUGGAUAAUCUCAUGGACCAAACGGCAGACACAUUGAGUGAUGCAGAUGUUGUAGAUGAAAAGGAUAGAGCUGCCAAGUAUGUUCGAGUGAUUGCAUCAUCAAUGCAGGCUCUUGGAAAAUUUCUCAAGAUGGUGGAUGAAGACGUCAGAAAUGAAAUUGCUCAUCACCACACAAGACUGACAUCCGAAAAGAAAUUUUGGAAAUUUGGCCGACACAAAUCACCUCAGAUCAAGGCAGCAUUCUUUUCCCUGAUAUCCACGUACUGUCAGAAACAACCGAGCAUUCUUGAGUUGUGUUCAACUUCUGUAUGUCCCAUCGUUUUGGGCUCCUUAGAUGAAGCAGAUGCCGUAGUCUCUGGUCCGCUGUGGGAGGCUGUAUUGCAACUUGUCAGUAACAUGAAGGAUUGCUGGAAGCAUGUGAAUAUGGAAAAAGCUGUUUUACCAAAGUUUUGGCAGUUUCUGUCAAAUGCUGCGUAUGGCAAUGCUCAUGUCGUCAUGAUCAGCGUAUUGCCGUUUAUAAGUACUUUACCCGAGGAGGUUGUUUCCCCGAGGUCUGGUUUUGCACAAAAGUUGCUUGAGAAAACUUUGGAUGGUUUCAAACUGAACAAAACACAACAAAGUAUUUCUGAAAGCAAAGCAGUGUUGUCCUCCUUCAUGGACUGCGUCAAAUACUUUGUGACAUUUGAAUCAAGAAAAUGGCAGGUUGAGAUCAAUCAGGAUGAUGUUGAACAGCUCAAAACUCACGUUAUUAAUACGCUGAUGAAUGUUGUUGAGAUGUCGCUCGACCCUAAGACACAGAUGCGUGGAUCUUCUUCGUUCUUCUACGAGCGUUUGGCAGAGUUCUUGCGAGGAACAACUGAGAUGGCUGAUAUACAAGACCAAUUCUGGCAAGGUUUUGGUAAACUGAUUCACGAUAAAACUGAAUGCCUUGAAAAGGACACGGCUACAACAUUCCAGUCAAUUGCUAACCUGCUGUCGUGUCUCAAAACAAAUCAACCAUUCCGAGAAUCUCAACCAUCCAGAGUUCGUUUCCAAGAACCAGACAACAACGACGAUGAACGCCACAAGGCAAAUACCGUAACUAAAAGACCUACAAAGGCCUCUGAUGUCAACCUACUCUACGGGGGGAGGCUGCUGGCCACCGUGAGCAAAACCGUUUGUAAAUCUCUCGAAAGAGUUUGGUCACAAAACUCCGAAGCUGACCUCAUACUUGUAACUGAACUGCUCAAAGAAUUCUUCUCCACAUCUUUGCUAAAAGACAUUCUUAAGAUCUUUCGGUCAUUUUCAAAGGAAGAAGAUCUCGAUGAAACAGUCUUUUCAGACACUUCUAAACUCUCCAACCUUAGUAUAUGUUGUAUUAACGAGUUGGUGCUGCCUCUCCUGAAGAAAAUUGAUCGCAUUGCGAGCGAAAAAUGGACUUCGUGUUCAGUACGGUUGCUGUUCAUGCUUUUAACUGAAGUUGAAGAACACGACCAGAAAUGUUUGUUUGAACGCGUUUUCGAGAUGAAUUCGUCACCUAACCUGCUGUAUCUCAUUAUUAACGAGAUAUUUGAGGCGGAAUAUUACCUGUAUCUGUCAUACGUGCAUGGAAAUCACAUUGGAACUAAGUUUGUGGCAGUGUUGAAGUCUUUCUUAAUUCGCUCCUGUGAAGAAACAGAAGACAAAAAUGGCGAGGAAUACCUUUGGAGAACACUAGAACUGUGCUUUGUACAUUCGGGUUUACUAGAGUUUUUCUUCAGCGAGGAUUCGAUGUCUGAAAUAUUCCACCUUUUCCACCUCGUCCUUUCGCAAGAAAACCAAUCCGCGUCGUUAAAUAUCGUUUCUGUCGUUAAACUCGUUGAAAAAUACUUCCAGAACAUCGAAAUCACGGCCAAUCAGGUAAAGAAUGAAGCGUUUCUAGGCGAAGUUCUGGCAGAUAUUGUUCAAUUAAAACUUCAAGGAUCAGAACAAAGUCUUGUUUCCCAGUGUUUGGGUUCAUUAAUCAACACUGCCAUAAACGACAGCUCCUGGUUGGACAUGGUCAUAUCUCAAGCUGCUCAACAAAUCAAAGAUUUUCUUUGUUCCAAUAUUCCCAUCACCUUUGAAAAGUUCGCUGUUUUCACGGACGCUGCUGUGGAAAUCAUUGAGUCGUUGACUGAAAGUGAUAACGGGAAUUUUGGGAGAAUCGUCGCGAAACUUUCUCCGUCAGAAUCGGACUGGGAUGAACUAAGAACUGACACGUUAGCCAAGUCUACCUGGGCAGUGAUUCCAUUCCUGGAUGGUAUCGUGAGUUUCACAGAGUUUCCACACACCAGACGUACCACCAGCUCAGAGCAUCUCACAUCACAUCAAAUGCUUUGCUUGUUUCUGUCCCGCGUUUUUAAACUACGCUUUGAAAAAGAAUGCUUUCCUGAAUGCGAAGAAGCUGAUGGAAAUGUGUGGAGAAUAUUAAUUGAAAUGCUUUGGUUAAGAGAACACCUGAAGCAAACACUCUACAUAAAAGACGGUCCAUCAUUCCGGACCCCACUUGACAUCAUGGAGACGAACCUUCAACCACUGCUCGAUACGUUGACAAACGCAUCCAGUGCUGCUAUCCUAAGGCGUUUACAUGCAAUGUCAAAGUCUGAAGGUGGCGUGUGGUCUCUUACUUUGAAAGCAUCAAUCUCAGCUAGUUUGAAAAAGAAAAAGUUAUCGGAUAUUUUAUCUGAUCUUUUGGUGUGCGAGAAAGGUGACCACAGCGAACAGCAAUUACAGACAAUGCAAUGUUUACUCCAAGAAGACACUUCGAUUUACAACUUGAAGCUUACUGUGGAAUGUUAUUCCAAGAUGUUGAGGGAGAUUGAUUCAAGUGAUAUGACAGGCCUGAUGUAUUGUCUUUGCAUUCUUUCGAGUGCGUUAGAAAGAUGGAUUUAUCUGUCCCAGGAUUCUGAGAUAGCAACAAUGGAGUGUCAGAUGACUUUCCUUGAAGUACUCAAAGAUGUCAAAUCUCGCCAAUCGGAAAUCACAGAUCUUCUCUUGUUCAGUUGCUCUUUGGAUGAUGAGGAUGUAUCGAAGAUUUCUCUGAAUUUGGCUAUUAUGAGAAUUAUGAGGAUGGCCGUCGUGAACUAUUCCGAGAAUCUUGAAAGCGAAAUGUGGGAUAUGAUACUCUGUUCCAUGUUGGAUUGGCUACAGAGUUGUCAAGACAGUGACGCGGUCAGUAUUCGUGUUGGUGCGAUGACGAAUCACGUUUGUCGACUGAUUGAGGCAGUUGGCACGGUUCUGCCUAAAACAACCGCAGAAAAAAAGGUAGAAAAAGAUGUGAAUGUCUCGUCGUCUGAUGCCCGGGUCAACCGGUGUUACAGAAACUUGCUGAUGAAUGGCGAGAGUUCUUUAGUGUUUCAGCAUCUGGUAAUCUCCUUCGCCUGUGGUCACGGGUUGCAGAGGCAGAUAUUUCCGGAGAUCAACAACUCUCGGUGUGCCAUCAUCGGCUCAGUGAGACCAUCUCAUCCGCUUGUUGUUACCUGACCACAGAAAACCUUAAAGAAUACAUAACAUCAAGUACUGAUGCGAGCCCAAAAACUGCGGAAAGUUGGGAGGUGCAUUUUGUUAGGAAAUUUUCACAUUAUUUGGAGUCGAGUUUCAGCUGUUUCCAGUUAGGGGCAUAUCGACUCCUGCUGAGGGUCAUUCCUUCGCUUGGACCUCCCGAGGAAAACGAGGGCGAAUCAAGCACAGAAGAAACUCACGAUGAUCCUUGCAGAUCCCCGCCGCCUAAACUGAUCGAGUUAAUCUCAAGAAACCAAGCCAAGAUAACCUUAAUCUUGUCUGAAGCCGAAGUUCCUUUUGGAGAGAGUCUCGGUUUGGAAGAAGACAGCGAGGCAUCGCACACCACUCGUACGUACCUUCUGGCCUGGAAACUCCUUCUUGCGCACUUUGCCAACUCGAACGAGGAGCUACGCGCCGAAUAUGCUAAUUACUUGAGGCGCGAGAAACUCUUGAGUGAACUGCUGGGAAUCGUUUUCAGAAUGUUGCCCAAAAAACCGAGCGAGCGGUUCGCAGGGGACUCGAGUUUGGAAGAGAAAUGUUUGUUAGCGGAAGAGUUUGUUCAUAAUUUGGCGUUUGAGACUUAU